UCGGACUCCCAGAACUUUGUGAAGAGUUCGUUCAUUAAGGAAUCCUCAUCAAAGUGUUUUAUUGUCUUAAGAUAAAUUAGUUGAAUCAACUCUCAAUUUUCAUUCUAAUGAUGAAAGCGUGAUGGUCUUCUUCACAUUAUAUUUAAGUGUGGUGAUUAUUUUGUUAGUUCUCUACUUUAUUAUAGAAUUAGCUGAAGAAGAUAAUAAAAAAAUGGCUGACAACGAACACGAAGAAUCCAAUAAAGAACCUCCAAUAUACAUGGAUAUGUCGGUUCUAAAGAGCAAGUCACAACCGAACACUCCUUCCAAACCAACAGCAUACUCGAUCAACAACCGCACGUUCUACGAUGAGGAGCGGACAAGUGAUGAGUACAUAGAGUUCAGUCUUCACGCUGAACGACUGUCAAAUUUAGCGAAUAGAGAGCUCUUUUCAGCUGAUAUGCUUGAUUCGGAUACGGAUACUCAGAUAAUGUACUGCGAUUCACCAGACUUAGUAGAAAGUAAACCACUAUUCGAUGAAGAAUUACCCAUAGUGGUUCAAGAGAUAUCACACGGUUAUGUUAUAAAUUCCAACGUCUACCUCACAUAUGAACAGUGGAAUACAUUAACACCUGUAGACUCAGUGUUGGUAAAAUGUGUGGCCUGCGAUAUGUAUACAGAUAAGAAUUCAACAGGUCACCACAUAAAGAGCGAACCGCAUCAAAAUCAGUUGAGCAUGUACAAACCGCUGGCCAGAUUUGAACUCAGUAUAACUAGAAAAAUACGAGAAAUUUAUCACUGCGCGGUUUGUAACGAGGCUUUCUAUCUAAAUGAAAACAACGAUCACCAUUCUUCAAAAUCACACGAAGGGAACCUUCUUUCUGCUGUAAAUAAAGUCACUGAUAUAGAAAUAGACUGUGGGGUUAACGGUGAAAACUCGGAUAACGAUAGAAAUAAGAACAACGAUUGUUACCAUUUCAAACAUGGAAACAGGAUUAACGAUAGCUUCAAUAACGGUAAAAGUAAUUACGCGGCAGCUUUGAAGAUUUAUAGGAAAAACAGUAACACCAGCGAGGAAUAUGAGGAAGAUUCAGAAUAUGAUUACAGCAACGAUGAAUUAGAUAUUUUUUGGGAUACGCCACACGAAGACGCUCAAACCGGCAAUUCUUACGCUACAGCGCUCAAAAAACCUAAAGUUUACAAUAUGCCUACGUUUUUAGAAACUAAAAUAGGCGAUAAAAAGGUCAAAGUUAAAUUCGACUCGUGGCAUAUGCUCAUAAGUCCUAAAGUAAAUAGGUUGUAUUGUAUGGUGUGUCGAGAAUAUAUCCAUAUUAGAAGUAAGGCAGAACAUUGUUACGACGCUAAUCAUUUGAUUAAACUGGAAAACUGUAAAGUUUUAACUCAUUUUGGCGAUUAUCUCAUCAGAGAGAUAGACGAUAAGUUUUACCAUUGCGGUCAUUGCAACAACUUGCUUCUAAUCAAUGACACGAAAGACCAUAUCGAAAAACGACAUUCUAAAUUCAACAAAAACGCCAAAAACAAUAAUAAUGAUAGCCAAAUUAACGAUGACGCUGAUAAACUUAAAGAUACUCCCGUUGCAAACAGUUUUAACGAAAAUAAAUCGAAUGGAAGUACAAUUAACGACAUUAACGACAAUAAACCAAAUGGAAAUGGAUUUAACGAUAAACUUAACGAUCCGAAAGCGAUCACAUUUAACGAUAAUAAAGAAAACAACGCUCCGAACAGGAUGCAAUGGAAUAAUCCGAUAUUUAAAGAUAUGUUAACUCAGGAUAUAUUUUUGAACAUGUUUGGCUACAAAAUUUCUAUACCUCUUCUAUCGUAUCAUGUGAUUUGCAAGCGCCCUCAGGAUUUUUACUGUGGGCUAUGUAACUUUAUAUGUACAGCAGACAUCGUAGUGCAGCACAUUUAUAGCGUAUCACACAUUCAGCAGUUAACAAGAACUCCUUUUAUAGUACCAUUUAAUUAUAAUUUAAUAAGAGCUAUCCGUGAAGCACUACACUGUGCUAUAUGCAACUUACCGGUAGCAGCAGGUUAUAUUUACGCGCAUCUAAAUGAGUUACAGCAUAUAGGGUUACUUCAAAAAGCAUUGUCACCAAAACUAGAACAGGCAGCAAUCGCACCGAUCGCUGUUCCCGCAAAAGAACCCCAAAAACACGAGCCAGAACAAAAAAUAACGUCAGACAAAGAAAAAGAAGUGAAAACAGAAAUAACGAAAGCCAAAACGGAAACGAAGCAAGCGAAAACAGAAGCAACGAAAUUGAAAACGGAAACGAAGGAAGUGAAAACUGAAAUAACGAAAAUAGAAACAACGGAGUCUGUAAAAGAUGAAUUGGAAUCUUUAGCCUCAGAUAUGACAGCGGAUGUCGAUUUAAAUGAAUCAGCAGACUCGGUCUUUGACAUAGAAGAUUAUGUGUAUGUCAAACUGGGAAAUAAAUAUUUUAGAAUAAGUUUGUUAUCGUAUAACAGUUUAGUUUACACGGGCUGUGAGGAUUUUUACUGUUUUAUUUGUUCUGUAAAUGUAACCGAGGAUGAUUUAAAAACGCACGUUGAUAGUCGUUCGCAUAUGGACAGCUUGAAGAAGUGCCCCUUUCUGGUUAUGGAAGGAGUUCUCUUGAGACAGAUUUUCCUAAAGUACCACUGCGGUGUAUGUAACGUAAUAAUAACAAGGGAAUGCCUAAAAAUCCACAUGAAAUGGCAACCGCACGUGGAACUCGUGGCGUUACAGAAUAAAAUAACGAAGAAAAUGAGACGAAACGACCUAAAUUCUGGAAUGAAAAUGUACGUUGGCAACACACAGAAAGAAACUAUAUACCUCAAUGAAAAAGAACCAAAGAUUAAAGUGCUAUUCAAAGUCAAAUUCGAAGAAGAGACUACCAUAGAAAAGAAAAUGAAAAUUAUCAUCGUUAACGGUGACGUUUUAAAGUUAAACUUUGACAAUUGGAACGGUGUUGCCGCUGCACAAAAUGGUUUGAAAUGUCAGUUAUGUCAGAUGGAAUUCGCUGAAGGAGAUUUGGCUAAUCACGUUAACAGUCAAGUUCAUAAAGAUUUUCUGACGUGUAAAGUUUUUAAGAGGGAGUAUUGGUCGGAUCUGCUGAGAGAGAUCGACGACACGACUCUCCACUGCGUCAUUUGCAACACAGAUGUCGCCAACAAAAAACCUGUCGCCACGGAACAUAUUGAGGGUAAAAAACACAAGAAAAACUAUGACACUAUUAGAGCUGUCAGUUCCACGACCAACGCCUAUACGGAUUGUGAUGAUGACGUAUUACAGCUUUAAAAUUGACGUGUAAAAGGUUUUUGAGAUUUUUUUUAACUUAAAAAAUAUACAGGGUGUCUAGUUUGUGUUUAGAAGUUUUGGUAAAAUUAAAAAAAUGGAAACAUCAAUGAAUACAGGGUGUUGGCGUGUGUGAAAGUUUUGCUGUGUGGUUAAAAUUACAGCAUAUUUUUUUGUGAUGUCUCUUAUUUUGAAUGCAGUUUAGUUUAUUUUUGCCGUCGAAAAUAAGAAAGUUGGAUUUUUUUGUUUGGUACAGUAUUAUUCUAAAAGCUAUUUCGUUUUCAAUCGCGAAAUGAGUAACAUUUGCCAACUUUAUUUAAGUAAAAAAAUAUCUCAGUUUUUUUUAUUAGGCCUAUGGUGGUCAUAGCCAAAGAUUUUUUUUAAUAACAUUAACCUAAAAAUGCAGAGCAUCAAACUGACGUUAAAUUCCACUGUGUUUUUAAACUUGAUUAAUAUUAAGAGUAUCUUUAUGAAAAGUAAUAAAUAAAUGAAAAUCUGAAAC